AUGCGUUUCGUUACAGCUCUGGUGUCUGUUGUGGUUGCGGUGGCUUCCGCCAAUCCUAUUCCGGACCCACUCGAGGCCUUCAAACGUGCUGGACCGGCCGCCGGAACGGUCGUAAAGCAAUGUACACAACCGGGCAUGCUGGCUCUUGCCUUCGAUGAUGGGCCACACCAGUACACACAAAAACUGGUGGACACGCUCGACGCAGCCGGUGCUAAAGGCACCUUUUUCGUCACUGGCACGCUCUAUGGCUGCAUCUACAACUCCAAGUCCGCCCUCCAAGCCGCAUACAAAUCGGGCCACCAGAUCGGCUCACACACUUGGGCCCACCCGUCCAACUUUGGCUCUUUGAGCACCGCAGACCUGACGUCGCAGAUGCAGCGCCUUGAGGAGGCGCUCGUCAACAUCAUCGGCGUCAAGCCAACCUACAUGCGGCCGCCGUACCUUGCAACUGGCAACAAUGUCCAGAGCACCAUGGCUAGCCUCGGCUACCGCAUCAUCACCAAUGACGUCGAUGCCGGCGACUGGAACGGUUAUAGCGUCCAGCAGAGCGAACAGCAGUUUUCCAAUGCUGGCGCCAGUGGUAAUGGUCACAUCCCGCUCAUGCAUGAGACGUAUGAGACAACUGUCAACCAGCUUGUGCCAUGGUUGAUCAACUGGGCCAAGCAAAACAACCUUAAGCUCGUCACUGUUGCCGAGUGUCUCGGUGACGCCGAUGGAGCUUAUACCAGUGGCACUGGAAGCUCAGCUCAGACAUGCUAA